AUGGCAACGUUCCGGCGCCGUUCAUCUCUCCUGCCGAUACUUCCCUUCCUAGUACUGUUGCUCGCCAGCCCGGCGGUCGCCGGCAAGACAGAGCAGCUCACCGUCUUCUGGGGCCGCAACAAGGACGAGGGCUCACUUAGGGAGGCCUGUGACGCCGACACCUACACCACGGUGCUCAUUUCCUUCUUCAAUGUCUUUGGACACGGCAGGUACUGGAUCGACCUCUCCGGCCACAACGUGUCCGCCGUCGGCGGCGACGUCAAGCACUGCCAACAGGCCAAGAACGUCACCGUGCUCCUCUCCGUCGGCGGCGACGGCGACCGGUACUCCCUCCCGACCGCCAGGUCGGCCAGGGACGUUGCUGACCACCUGUGGCACGCCUACCUCGGCGGAGGACGUCACGGCGUGUUCCGUCCAUUCGGCGACGCCGUGCUCGACGGCGUCGAUUUCUACAUCGACCACGGCGGGUCGGAGCACUACGACGAGCUGGCCCGGCGCCUCGCGGGGUACAGACACCGUGGCAAGAAGGCGGUGCUCCUGACGGCGACGCCGCGGUGCAUGGACGGCGGGCAGGGCACGAGCGGCGUCGACGCGGCGCUGGCGACGGGGCUGUUCAGGCGCAUCCACGUGCGGUUCUACAACGACACCAUGUGCUCCUUCAACGCGGCGGAGAAGCGGCCGUUCUACGGGUCGUGGCUCGGGUGGACGGAGCGGUACCCUCAGGCGAAGGUGUACGUCGGGCUGCCGGCGGCGCGGGACGCGGCGAGCGACGGUUGGGUGGACCCGAGGACGCUCUUCUUCGACGCGCUGCCGCUGGUGCAGGACACGGCCAACUACGGCGGCGUCAUGCUGUGGAACCGCUACUACGACAAGAGGGAUCGCUAUGGCCUGCGCAUCAAGCUCAUGGUCUGAUCGAUCCAGUUUGACG